UCGCUUCUUCCGAGAUUGCCGCCAGGCGACACUGUUGAUCAAGAGUGCAAGAUGGCUGCUGUCAAAGCGUUGAAUCCCAAAGCCGAAGUUGCCAGGGCUGCACAAGCUUUAGCGCUUAAUAUAGGCGCAGCUCGUGGUCUCCAGGAUGUUCUUAAAAGUAAUCUUGGUCCAAAGGGAACGAUGAAAAUGUUGGUGUCUGGUUCUGGAGACAUAAAAAUGACCAAAGAUGGAAAUGUGCUGCUUCAUGAAAUGCAAAUCCAGCAUCCCACAGCAUCUCUGAUUGCACGUGUAGCCACAGCUCAAGAUGACAUCACUGGUGAUGGCACUACAUCAAAUGUCCUCAUUAUUGGAGAACUACUAAAACAAGCUGAUGUGUACAUAUCAGAGGGUCUUCACCCAAGACUAGUGACAGAAGGGUUUGAGCUAGCCAAGACCAAAGCAUUAGAGGUAUUGGAGUCUAUAAAAGUAGCUAAGACCAUGGACAGAGAUAUGUUGAUAAAUGUUGCUAGAACAUCCCUGAGGACCAAAGUGCAUCCUGAGCUGGCUGAUGUUUUAACAGAGCAUGUUGUAGAUGCAGUUUUAGCUAUACAAAAGCCUGAAGAACCAAUUGAUUUGCACAUGGUAGAAAUCAUGGAAAUGAUGCACAAAACUGAUAUGGACACCACACUUGUAAGAGGAAUUGUAAUGGAUCAUGGUGCCCGUCAUCCUGACAUGAAGAAGAGAAUAGAAAAUGCCUACAUCCUCACCUGUAAUGUGUCAUUAGAAUAUGAGAAAAGUGAAGUAAAUUCUGGGUUCUUCUACAAGAGUGCUGCAGAGAGGGAAAAGCUUGUGCAGGCAGAGAGAGAAUUUACUGAUAUUAAGGUUGCCAAGAUUAUUGAGUUCAAGAAGAAAAUGUGUGAUGGCACAGACAAAAAUUUUAUAAUCAUAAACCAAAAGGGUAUUGAUCCUAUGUCUUUGGACAUGCUGGCCAAGGAAGGAAUUGUUGCCUUGAGAAGAGCCAAGAGGAGAAACAUGGAACGGUUGACCUUAGCCUGUGGUGGCAUGGCCAUGAACUCCCUAGAGGAUUUGACCCCAGAUUGCUUGGGAUAUGCUGGCCUUGCAUAUGAGCACACACUAGGUGAAGAGAAGUUCUUUUUCAUUGAGGAAUGCAAGAACCCCCGCUCAGUGACUGUUGUGAUCAAGGGACCAAACCGUCACACUGUGGCUCAGAUCAAGGAUGCCAUUCAUGAUGGCUUGAGAGCUGUGAAGAAUGCUGUGGAAGAUGGUUCAGUUGUCCCUGGAGCUGGUGCCUUUGAGAUUGCAGCACAUGCAGAGCUGUUCAAAUACAAGGAGACAGUCAAAGGGCGUGCCAGGCUGGGUAUCGCUGCAUAUGCCGAAGCCUUAUUGGUAAUACCCAAAACUCUAGCCAGAAAUUCUGGUCUGGAUGCACAGGAGACUAUUGUGAAGCUACAGGAGGAGUAUGCAUCAGCUGGACAGCCUGUGGGCAUUGAUUUAGCCACAGGUGAAUGCCUAUUACCUAUGGAUGCAGGUAUUGUAGACAACUACAGAGUGAAGAGGCAACUGUUACACUCCUGCACUGUGAUAGCCUCUAAUUUAUUGCUGGUGGAUGAAAUCAUGAGAGCUGGAAUGACAUCUCUCAAAGGCUGAUGAAACCCAAUGUUUCUGGGACUGUUGUAUUAGAUAGAGAGUGCAGUGUUUUGUGACUCAGAUGUACAGAAAACAACAGGAACUGUAUGAAAAUAGUUUUACAUAAUCGAAACAUCAUGCCAAUAACAAAUUAAGGGGACUGCCAGGGAAAAGUU